UACUGCUUUGCGUCACUUCCGGAAGUACCAGCUUUCUCUGUAAAGGACCAAUAACGGCAUUUUUGUGUCGUUUGGAGCCUAAUUUUUUCCCUUUGUUUUACGGCGGUGGAGGAUUAAAAAUCCCGUUCAGCAACCAAAAUGAAGCUUGUCAGAUUUUUAAUGAAACUGAGUCAUGAGACUGUGACUAUUGAGCUGAAAAAUGGAACACAAGUACAUGGAACUAUUACAGGUGUGGAUGUUAGUAUGAAUACUCAUCUUAAGGCUGUAAAAAUGACCCUGAAGAACCGGGAGCCUGUGCAGCUGGAGACGCUUAGUAUUCGUGGAAAUAACAUUCGCUAUUUCAUCUUGCCAGAUAGUUUGCCUUUGGACACACUUUUGGUUGAUAUUGAGCCUAAAGUUAAAUCCAAAAAAAGAGAAGCAAUUGCAGGGAGAGGGCGAGGCAGAGGACGUGGCAGAGGCAGAGGACGUGGAAGAGGCAGAGGUGGCCCCAGACGAUAACUUGGCAAUGUUACAUUUCGUACAGUUUUUGGAUUUUUUUGUACAGCUUUUGAAAAAUAUUCCAUUUUUAAUAAACAUUCAGACGUUGUUGAUCCGUUUAUUUAGAUUUGUACAUGUAUAGUCCAGGUGCUUGCUCACUUGGAAACUGGUGGUUGUGCCUCCAUGAAAUGGAAGGAAGGCAUGUUCAGCCUAAGAAUUAGCCCAGAAAUCCAUAAUUUGUCUGGAUGGCAUUACUUUGUUUAAAAAGUUGUUUAAAAGCAUUGAACAUAUUUAGUACAUAUAUGGAUGCUGUUCUGUUUGUAACAUCAGAUUCCGAUGUUAGAAAUGUGAAAAUGUGAUUCAGUGCUAAUUUAAGUACUGCAUAACUAAAUGAAAUACGCAUGUUACUGUUGCACCUGGGUUUGGGUUUCAGACUUCUGUUCCUCAGUUACGUUUAGAAGUGGUGAAAGUGAUUGGAGGCUUCCACACUGUGCUUACUGUUUGAGUAGGGUGAACUUCUGUUUUUCUGUUACUCUGUUCACAUGCGUCAAAAUAAAUUGUGUAAUUUCA